ACCUUCCACUAACAAGUUACUUCGGGAUGACUAUGAAUCCACACAGGUCAAAGGACAGGCAGGGACGGGAACGGAAACAGGAACAGGACGGGCGGGGAUGGUGCUAUUAGCCAGAACCGGUUCUGGGCAAGCAGGCGGUCAAACUGUGAACAGACAACAAAGCCCCGAAACGAAGUUGACUCCUUUCUCAGAAAUAGAGCCGGCAACUGGUGCGUAUUAUGACGGUCGAGGCGUGUCAGGUAUGGCGUUUCCCGGAGCGAAGAGACAUACAAUUAUCAGUAGUGUCGCCGUACCAUGUGGGAGGGGCCGCGAUAUUAGUCUAAAAGUCGAGGGAACAGUCUUCAGCCCUUUUUCGAAGAACAGGGUUCACUGGGCUGGGGGAGAUGGGCUAGCACUAGCGGCCCUACAGGGAGACCCAGUCCCAGUUCCAGUGGUAUGUAAUGUACGUACAUGCAUGCCUACAUCAGAACACCCUCCCCUGCAACUCUCUUUCCGAAAGGCCUCGUUGGAGGGUCUCUUUGGAGGGUGGUCCCGCAUGCAGAGGGGUGCGUCGAACAUGAAAUCAGCGCCAGGGUGUGGGCAGAAAAGGGACCUGCCAUGUCCUGGUUAUUCACUCCUGAUCCAUCUUGUCCAUCCAGUCCAUUCGUGGGACAACCAGCGAGCCAGCAUUGUUCUGCACAUACAGCACAGUACCAACCCGAAUGCGUUGGUGUGUGUACCUCAAGCCAAGGUACCUACCUACCUACCUGCCUGCCCUAUGGCUGCAGCUUGGCUUCCCUAUUCUGGCAGCAUUAACCAGCCAUUCCGCCAAAACUGCCCGACAAGUAACAUUUUGAAGCGGGCAAAAGUACGAUCAUGCAAUGCAGUCCCGCUGCCGCUACCGAGUAUUUCUGUUGCCACUUGCAUACUUUAAAAGGCAUACUACAUUUGCUACCUUGGAACCUGCCACGACACGCAGCAUAAGAAAUAGUAAUAAAUGAUGUGUUCCGGGUUGCAUGGUCGAAAUCAAUGCUCCAUAAUGUAUGAUAGAGUUGGCGCAUGAAAUGAGAGUUUCUCCAAGUCUUGUUUGAAUGACCUACCAGUCUGCACAAUGCCUGCUUGUCUGUCUGUCCCCAUCAUACAUUAUACUAUACUAUACCAUGCCGUACCAUGUACCCACAGUAUGUGUGUACGCAUCACCUCGCUCACAUGAAUGACGAGAAGCAAGACAUACAAACCAGAACAGCUAAUUACAUUGAUCCGGGGAAACCCGUGCGUGCGCACUUAACCGUCCCGCAACCCGGCUCGAUG